AUGUCAGAUUCCAGCGCUGAUUUCCUUUCCAACUGGCGAACCAGCUCAGGAUCACCGUCUGGAUCCUUAGGUUCGCCUACUGGAGCCACGGGGCCUAUGGGAGCCUUGGCUGGCCGUGCCAAGUCGUUAUUUUCUGCCGCUGCGGAUUCUCUCCAGGACGGUUACGAACAGGCCUAUAACGUUCUACCACUUACAAACCAAGAUUUACCCCAGGAAGAGCCAUCCUGGUUCCAGAUGUCCAGAUUUGAACGUACAGUUGGAUUCUUUCUCUUUAUUUUGGGUUCCCUGGUAUGCUUUGGCCUUGGUAUUCUGCUUUUCCCAGUGCUUACGUUAAAGCCGCGUAAAUUCGCCAUGCUUUGGACUUUAGGCUCGAUCCUUUUUGUUCUUAGCUUUGGAUGUCUCCAAGGUCCUGCAGACUACUGUCGGCAUUUGAUCUCCAAGGAAAGGCUACCUUUUACAGUGGUAUUCUUCGGCAGCGUCAUUGGAACGCUAUAUUGUGCAGCCAUACUUAAAUCGACGGUCUUGACCUUGAUUAUGGGCAUAGUGGAAAUCUUUGCCGUCGCUUAUUAUACAUUAAGUUACUUUCCCUUUGGUGCUCAGGGCCUUAGCGUGCUAACGAGUAUGGGUGCAAGACAUGUAGGAAGUAUGGUUGGCAUAUAA